AUGUGGUCAGGUCGUGGCGCGUCGAAAGUGGGAAGAGACGUUCCAUCAAAAGACGAGAGCCCGUCGAAAGGUGCUGGUCCCUCAGAAGCGGCUGGUUCAUCAAGAGAUGCAAAAGACAGCCCGCCAAAAGCGGCUGGCCCAUCAGAAAAUACAAAAGGCGCCCAAUCAAAAGAUGAUAGCCCAUCGACAGGUGCUGGUCCAACCAAAGGUGUAAAGGGCAGCCCGUCGAAAGCUGCUGGUCCGUCCAAGGAUACAAAAGGCGUCCAACCAGAGGAUGAUAGUUCAUCGAAAGGUGCCGGUCCCUCUAAGGCUGCUCGUACCUCUGAAGCUGCUGGUCCAUCAACAGAUGCAAGAGGCAGCCCGUCAAAAGCUGCUAGCCCGUCUAAAGCUACAACAGGUGCUCCCUCUAAAGAUUCCCCGUCGCAAGGGAGUCAGACAAAAAGUGACGAGCUUCAACUAAGUCCGCAAGUUGCCUGGGCGGAGGCAAUCUUUGACUACAUAGCACCCACAUACGACGACUGCCGUUAUCACUUCACCAUAGCCGAGGACUUCAUUGCUUGGAGUGCACCUCAGAAAGGGGCUAAAGUUUUAGACCUUGGCUGUGGUACCGGCAUUUUCACGUUUCUUGCUGCAGACAAAGUCGGCCCAGAUGGCCUCGUGAUAGGAGUUGACAUCAGCAGGCGAAUGCUUCAACAGGCCAAAGAGAAAAAGUCUGCUUCUGGCGGGCAAAGAUUCAAGAAUAUCAUGUUCGUUCGAGAUGACAUCAGCAACCUCCACGAUGCUGCAUGGCUGCAGCGUAUAAUGACACAACGUGGUGCUUUUGACCUCAUCACCGGCGUCACUUGCCUGACUGCACUUCCGGCACCUCAUGUCGCGAUCAAAAACUGGGCUCGACUUUUGAAACCGGGCGGCCGGCUGAUUCUCGAUAAUCCGUCUGAAGAAGACAGCAGUCCGGGUUAUGUGUGGGAGGCUGAUCUAUACCCGGCCCUGGGUCUUCCUCCCAAACAUAAGGGCACAUGGACCACAGACAUACACUGUCUAGAGCGGCUCUUCGUUUCCGCCGGUUUGGAGAUUGAAAAGUCAUUGCGUACGCGCAAUUACGUGGAGACCUUCUAUGAGGAGAAGGAGGGAGACAGAAUCUUUGAAGAAGAAUACAGAGCCGAUGUUGACUUACAGACUCGCUAUGAUAAAAAGCUUCUGAGACAGCGUUGGCGCAAAGUAUGGAGGAGAAACCUGGAUAAGAAUGGUGAGUUCUGCGCAAGGGUUCAGAGUUUUGUGACCAUUGGGAUCAAAAGAUGA